AUGAGCCUUUCCAUUGGCAACGAACUCAAGGACGCCUUCAAACCGACAAGCAAUUGGGUGGGCAACGGUGUCUCCUGGCUUGGCGACGCCGAGGAGUUCUACCGAGAGAGAGCCGCCCUCGAAAAAGAGUACUCCACUAAGUUGAAGGACCUCACCAAGCGCCACUUUGACAAAAAGGCAAAGGCCCUGGCACCUGUGUCAGUGGGCGACAACCCUCAGAUCACGCCGGGUUCGCUCGAGAGUGCUCUGAUGGUGGUGUGGAACGACUUGCUUAAUCAGACGGAGCAGAUCGCCCAGGAACACCUCCAUCUUUCCGGUGAGUUCAGCACCAAGAUUGCCGACAAUUUGCUGUCGUUAAAGACGAAAACGGGUAACAUUCUUCGCCAGGUGGAAGCCAUCAACCAGUAUUUGGUCGACGAGAAGCAGAAGAGUGAAGAUAACGUUGCCAAAGCGAAAAAGGCCUACGAUAAUCUUUGUCAACAGGCCGAACACGCCCGCUCCAAAACAGAACGCCUGGCACUGGAUCGUGCUCAAAACAAGUACCACGAUAAGGAAGUGGACAUGAACAUUGGCAAAAACGACUACAUCAUCAAGUUGGCGGUGUCGAACCGGUUAAAGGACAAAUACUACUAUCAGGACGUUCCUGAGAUUUUAGACUAUCUUCAAGAACUUAACGAGUGCCGCGUGGAACUCGUUAAUAAGUUGUUGAAGAACGCCGGCAUCAUAGAGCGCAAUUCAUUGGACCGGGUCAAAAACCAUUUGCACACCAUUGACAAUACCAUCGCCCAGAACCAGGCAGGGCUCGACACACAGAUGUUCAUCAAGCACAACCAGGCGUCAUGGAGUGAGCCUGCCGACAACGUGUUUGUGCCGUGUCUGUUCUGGCACGACGACGAGAUGUUAGUGAUCAAUGACGGCGGUGAGUUACACGAUUUGAAGCGGCGGUUGUUCCAUGACCUCAACAGCUACCUGGUAUUAGAACAAGAUACAUUAGACGCUAAACAACAGCUUGAAGAGUUGACGGCGCUGCGCAAGCUGGACUUGGGGGAGAAGAUCACUCUCAAAUUCGAUGCGCCUUUAGCGCAACUGCUUCAAGUGUUACUUAAAUUUAUGAAGGCCGAUGCCAACCGGGUGAAGAACGAAGUGGAGAUCGAGAUCAUCCAGAACUACUGUGGCGACAAGGACAUGUCGUAUCACGAAGAAGCGCCUCAGAAGAAGAAGCUUUUCGGCCUUAUCAAGAUCAACCAGGACUCGCACCACCACAACGAAUCAGAUUCAGCACUGAUGAUGUCGACCCCUAGUCGAACACCGACCUUCUCUAAGCUGGGAGCCUUUUCCUUACGGCGAAAGAUGACGGGAGCCAGUAUUGCUAGUGGUGGUACUACUGGUGGUGGUGGAAGUGGCGGUGGUAGUGGCGGCAGAGCUCUCUACGCCUACACUGCUAAUGAUAGCGAUGAAAUCAGCAUUGAUGCCGGCCAAACAUUCAACCUAGUGGCGGCUGACGAUGGCUCCGGGUGGACGAAAGUGGAGAUUAACGGGGCGGUGGGGCUUGUACCGACACUGUACCUUGAGCUUUCGAGUACUGAUCACGUGACCAGUGCUGGUCCUCCUCCACCGGCAGCAGCGCCAGCAGCAGCAGCACCACAGGAACAGAAGCGAAAGGGACCGCAAGUGGCUCCGAAACGAGGGGCCAAGCGCGUGCAAUACUUGGAAGCGUUAUACGACUACACCGCCGACGGCGACGACGAGAUCAGCAUCCGCGCCGGCGACAAGAUCAUCCUCGUGCAGGACGACACCGAUGGCAGUGGUUGGACUGAAGGUGAGCUCAACGGCGAGUGUGGGAUGUUCCCCACCGCGUACGUACGCAAAAUAUAG